CGGGCCGAUCCAUAAAUCUACUCAAUUAAUCUUCAAUCCGAAUUUUCGGCAUCGCGAGAAGCCUCACUCACAGUGACUCACUAAACCCCGCGAGAGCGAACGACCACAACCGACUUCCAUCCAGCCGAAACGCCAAUUGUGACCAGCCCAACGCCAGAAUAGAGCUAAUUGGGCAGGGGAUCUACGCUUGGGGAAGGCAGAGAGGAAGAGAAGCAUGAAGAUACAUUGAACCCUAGCACGCCUCGGAACAUAUACAACUCUCGUCGCUACUAACUCCAGCUCGGUCGUCCUCCUCUCACAUACACACACACACAAUGCGGUCUUUCGCUCUAGCCGCUCUGCCACGAGCUCGCGGCGCCAAUAAAAUCGCCUUAACUUCAGCGACGGCAUCCAUACAAUCGCUAGCUACACGAAGGGCAUUCUCCUCCCUCCCCACGCUCCGACCCACGCUCCGCGCCUCCCCAGGAUCCGUCUUCCGCUCCCCCUCCUCCACCUCCAACAACGGUCUCAUCGAAUCCUUCGCCCCCCAACCCGGCGCGGGAGCAACAGCAGACCUCGUACCCAAAACGUCCCUAACCGCGCACCCCUGGCUCUCCGGCGCAGCCCAAGUCCGUUUCGGCCCGCGACCUACGAUGGCGCGGACCAGUCGUUUGGUACGCAAGCGGCGUCACGGGUUCCUGAGCCGCGUGCGCUCGCAUAACGGGCGCAAGACGCUGCAGAGACGCAGGGAGAAGAAGAGGUCUACGCUGUCGAACUAGGUUGUCUGUGUUUUUUCCCCUUGUGCCUCACCCUUGUGCCUCACUUCACCUCGCUAAGGUCUGGGGUCUAUGUAUCUGGACGCGCAGGUCAUGACGGACGGAUGAGAUGGCGAGUUUCUAUGAGGAAUUCAUGACGGGGGUGCUAGGCUAGCUGGGUCGUGAGUAGGAACUGGCUCGGUGCCCUUGUUGAGGAUUGUGUAGCGGGGGAGAGGGCAUGGGGGUGUACUAUAUACUACAUAUAGAACUGUAUAUUCCAAGAACCAUCUCUAAACCAGUGA